AUGAAUCCAUCCUCAUACAAGCAGAUCACCACCACACGGGGCUUCAAGUAUAACUAUUAUGUGUCUGCUGGGGACCCCUCCAAGCCGAUCCUGCUGUUCAUCCAUGGCUUUCCUUCUACAUCCUAUGACUGGCAUCUCCAAGUGUCCUUCUUUAAAAAGGAGGGUUUUGGUAUGAUCGUGCCCGAUGUCCUGGGUCAUGGACAGACAGACAAGCCUACGGACCCUGCGGCCUACAAGCACAGUGGAAUGGCAGCGGACAUUGUCAACAUUUUAGAUGCAGAAAAUGUCGACAAGGCUAUCGCCAUUGGGCAUGAUUGGCAUGGCUGUCUCUCUGCUCUCCUUGCGUCUCUUGAGGUGACCUUCAUGCGUUCAGGGGCUCGUCUCUACUACGACGCUGCCGCGGCACGACUGAAGCAAGCGAUCGGGUACGAACCGUUUGGAUACUGGCACUUUUUCUCGGAGGACGGAGCGAACAAAGUCAUUAUGGAACACGGUGAAUCUUUCCUCAACUUGUUUUACCCACGGGACCCCAUAAUUUGGAAGGAGCAUAUGUGUCCCCCGGGCGAGAUCAAGGAGUGGUUGUUGGCAGACAAGAAGGCACCACCUGCUAGUUAUUUGACCGAACAGGACAGAGAGGACAUCAUGAGCAGAAUUAGCAUCGAUGGGCUUGCUGGCGGCCUGAAUUGGUACAAGGUGUACACAUUAGGCAUAACCAGUGAAGAUGACAGACAGAUACCGGAGGCCAACCACGUCAUCCAGCAACCGGUCCUUUACAUCGGAGGCAAGAUGGACUACGUUUGUGUACCAGCAAUUGGCUACCCAACUCUCAACAAAUAUUGUCCAAACCGGACCCUGAAGGAGUACGACGCCGGACACUGGCUACAGUUCGAAGUUGCCGAUCAGGUGAACAACGAGAUCUUGGCGUGGAUCAACGACAAUGUGAAGUUAUAA